AUGGCGGACGAGUCUGAGUUGAAACACCGCAAAGCUCUGCAAUUGCAUGACAAGAAUGCUGCGGAUACCAAGCCCAAGAAGCCAAAGAAGAAGAAGAAGAAGAAUUUGAUCAAUGUCGCUCCCUUGGAUACGCCGCUUCAUCGCAGGCUUGAAACCUUAAGUGUCAUGUGGCAUACCGUUUCGAUUCCUAGUUUCUGUUGCUUGUUUCUCUUUAUCUUGUACCUCGGCUGGCUCUCGUGGGUUUUCAUUGUGAUCCCAUAUUUCAUCUGGCUCUAUGGCUUUGAUCUUCACACUCCUACCAACGGUAAGGUGGUCUACAGAAUUCGUAAUGGUAUGAGGAACUUGAUUAUCUGGAAGUGGUUUGUUGACUACUACCCAAUUCGCGUCCAUAAGACUUGCGAAUUGGAGCCCACGUUUACCACGGAGGUUGUGCUUGAGGAGUCUACACCAGAUGAUGAGGAAGACUUGAUUUCUGAAGAUGCUCGUACUACUUUGGACCGCUUGUUUAAGUUCUUCGGUCUUAAGAAGCGUUUGAAUGACCUGGAAUCGUCUUCUGCUGUUGAUGAUGAUGAAGACGCUAGAAGCACAGACUCUAAGUCUUCCACCACCGUGCAACGCCAUCGCAAAGUCGGUGGUGGCCCUCGCUACAUCUUCUGCUAUCACCCUCACGGGGUUAUCUCAAUGGGUGCCAUGGGUUUGUUUGCUACCAAUGCAUUAAGGAAUCAGCCCUUCAAGCCCCCUGCCAAGUUCUUGAAGCCUUUCUUCCAUGAUCCUUCUAAAGAGAAGGAACUCUUUCCAGGAAUUGGUCAUGCUUUCCCUCUAACUCUUACCACCCAAUUCACCAUCCCUUUCUACAGAGACUACUUGUUGUCCUUGGGCCUUACUAGCGCUAGCGGUAGAAACAUCAAGAGCGUCAUAAAGAAUGGUGAUAACUCUGUGUGUCUUGUCAUUGGAGGUGCCCAGGAGUCCUUAUUAAACGACAUGGUGGGUGAAAACCUGCGGGUCGGCGUCGGCUACCAGGGUCAUGAAUCAGAAGAAGAGGAGCCUGAGGAGCAGAAGCCAAAGAGACAAAUCAAAUUGGUGCUCAACAAGAGAAAGGGCUUUGUUAAGAUUGCUCUCGAGCUUGGCAAUGUUUCUUUGGUACCAACUUUUGCAUUUGGAGAGGCCGACAUCUACAGGUUAGCAAAGCCAAAGGAAGGAUCUCUUUUCCAUGCAUUCCAGCUUGGCCUUAAACGCUUGACACUGUUCACAUUGCCUUUCUUCAGCGCCAGAGGCGUUUUCAUUUACGAUUUUGGCUUUUUGCCAUUCCGUACCCCCAUUAACAUUUGCACGGGAAGGCCUGUGUACGUUCCAGCUGGUUUGGUUCUGCAAAAUCAGGAAGAACCUGCCAAAGACACUGAAAAAGAUAAAGAAUCAGCUAGAUCUGAAUCUUCUAGUUCUGGCAACUCCUCUCUGCUGAAGAAGUUCUCCAUGUUUAAGGGCAAGGAGAAACCCAAGAAAAGGAGCAAGCCCCACAUCAGUCAAGAACUUCUUGACCAUUAUCACGGCUUAUACAUUGAAGAGCUCAAAAAGGUCUAUGAAGAAAAUAAGCACCUUUACGGCUACGGAGAUGUGGAGUUAGUUAUCGUCGAGUAA